GGAGCACUGAUUAAAGCUUUUGGAAGAAAACAGGACGUAUAAAGCAGGGUUUUCACCAAACAGCUUCCCUCAGUGUCCAACGUUACCAGCUGAUCACUCAUGAACUCUUGUAGAGGGAGCCAAAAUGGUGGCACUUAAAGAGGAGCUGCUGAAUAUUCUUGAGAAAUUAACAGAAGAUGAAUUUAGGAAGUUCAAAUGGUUCCUGGAGCUGGAUGACAUCGUGGAGGGCUUUAAAGGCAUCCCAGAGUCUCAGCUGGAGAAGGCAGAAAUGACGCGCACAGUGAAUCUGAUGGUAAAGGCACAUCAGGAUCAUGGAGCUCUGCAGUUAACCAAGAAGAUUUUAGAAAGGAUCAGAAGGAAUGAUCUGGUGCAGCGUUUACAAAACUUCCAACCAGAACCAAAAGGAGCAGUGGGCAGUGGCACUGACAGAGGUAUCAACCCUAACACAGAUGUUUCUGAUGGUGGGAGUAAACCAGAGCAACCAGCAGAAACCAGCGCUAACACGGAGGAAACAUCUAAACUCAUCACAGAGACGACCGGGGACAAAACGGGUUCAAACCCAGGACCUUCUAGCUGUGAGGCAACAGUACCAACCACUGAGACACCUCAAUGCUCACACAAUGAAAGUGGAAAUCAGGAUGGUUUACCUGAACAUAAGCUCAUUCUAAUAACAAGAUAUCAAGAUGUGACUGAUGGAACUGAUGAAACAGAAAGAAUCCCCAUUGACAGUAUUUACACUGAGGUCCACAUCACAGAGGGAAGGAGUAAAGAAGUAAAUACCCAACAUGAGGUGAGGCAGCUUGAAACAGCUUCCAAGAUGAAGACCGUACAUGACACUCCAAUCAAGCGUCAGGACAUCUUUAAACCCUUACCUGACCAACAGAAACGCAUCAUCAGAGUCGUUCUGAUGAACGGCGUUGCUGGCGUUGGAAAAACCUUCUCAGUGCAGAAGUUCACUCUGGACUGGGCACAGCGCUCCAACAACCAAGAUAUCAGUCAGGUGAUUCCACUUCCGUUCAGGGAGCUGAACUUGAUCAGAGAUGAAAAGAAGACAAAGGUAGUGGAGGACUUCCUGGGAGAAGAGUACAGUGACUCAUCUCUGGAUGACUACCAGAAAGAUGACGAUGAUGAUGACGAUGAUGAUGACAGAGAUGAUAACCAUUACCCAUCCCUGGAUGACUUCCUCAAGAGAGUCAUGGACAAAUCUCUCAGAAGUGAAAAUGGCCACCUGGACCUAGAAGAGAAGUAG